CUGGUCACCUUUUAUAGUUAGACGUUUUUUCUCAUUCGCAACUGGACAUGAAUUUGAGUCAGGUCAACUUCACCUUUAUCGAUUUAGACGACUGGCCAUCGAAAGAACGGAUAAUCAUUGCUGUCAUUGGAGGGCUUGGUACGUUCCUAAACUCAAUGACAUUGUUUGUAUUCUAUCAUCAUUUGAGGAAGAUAUUUAGCGAGGCUGGAGGAGUCUUCGUCACGAACCUUUGCGUAGCUGAUCUCCUUACUAACAUUGCAUCUAUCAUAUAUAAUUUUCUCACGUACUAUACACACCCUGAAACCUUGAUUGCUGUUCUGCAUUCUAUUCUAUGGGUCACCGUAUCCGUAUCGCUCCUAUCGCUGACAUUAAUGGCCUUGGAAAGACUUCUAGUUGUCAUUAAGAAGGCGCAAAGAUGGUUAAAUAAAUCAAAGGCAUCCCUGUGUUGUGGCGUUGUCUGGAUCUUAUCUGCAUUUUGUUCAUGGAUCUUAUAUGAGGAUAUUAUAAUUGGACAAUUGACGAUGGUUAUAAUGUUCGAGCUAAGUGUAAUUUGUACAAUUGUAUGCUACAUAAAAAUUUACAAUACAGUGAGAAAAAUAGAUUAUACGCAUGAAUUACCUAUCACGGCGCGAUAUUCUACACGAAAUGCUGAAGUAGACAUAGCUGGUAUGUUGAACAUGGACAGGAACAGAGAAACACAAGUUUAUAGAGCAUUAAGACGAGAAAUGCGUUUAACAAAAACCGUAUUUAUCUUGGUGAUCAUCCUCAUUGUAACAGUUUUGCCAUGCAUUUUGUUGAUGCAUGUUAUCUUAGCUCAUGAAUUGUCCUGUACCUUUUGCGAACAUAAAGAAACUACAACGUUAGCAAUGAAAAUACUAUACCCGUUGGAAAUGCUGAAGUUCGCCAUCAAUCCAAUCAUUUAUGCCUGGCAAUUACCUAGUUUUCGCCGAAUGUGUAAGAAAACCUUUAUCUGCUGUAGUACAUUAACGGAAGACAGUCGGGCUGAAUUUUCUAACUCUACCUCGUUCGAAUCCUUUACUAACAGUCCCCUAACAGCUGGUGAAACUGAUAGCCCCUCAACCGCAAACCCUGGCAGUCCUGCAACAUUAAACAGUGGCUCUGAAGAGAUUUACAUCAGUACUACUACAAUAGCUAAGUUAACCGGCCGCCAAGUAUCAGACAAAGAAGUGUUAUCAGUUCAUUGAAAGUCCAUUAAGUUAAACGUUUUGUUUUAUUUUUGAUAUCAUUUACAAAAUAACAUGUAUCUUAGGAAAACGAUUAGUACA